AGGCGUUACCCCUCCGACUUUCUCGAUCAAUCACAGGGGACAGUGGCUUCUUUUGAUAAAAACCCCAAAUUGUCAUUGGGCAGAUGCAAUCAUGUGACAAGCAGCACGGUCUAAUUCCAACCAUGUCCUCAUGAAAGCAAUAGUUUAUGGCACAGGUCUCCAUACGACUAUAUCCAGUUUAGUAGUUUAUGAAAAUAAACUGCUAAUUAAAUCUGAAUUAACUUAAAAUCAGCGAGUUUUCGAGAAAAGAAGGAGGAGAUGAAUUACGAAUUUGGGCGAGAAAGUGGUUUCAUCAACAGCCAGCCGUCGCUCGCUGAGUGCCUGACAUCUCUCACUAACCCUGUCGGUGAUGCAUUUCAAAGUUCAUCAAUCAAGAGCUCGGCGCUUUCACACUCGACACUGAUUCCUCCUCCUUUUGAGCAGACCAUCCCCGGCUUGAACCCGGGCAUCCACCCACGCCACAGCCGCUCAAAGCAGGCUCUGAGAGGAUGCAGCCCGCUGCAGGCUGCAUCCCUACCCCCGGAGUACCCGUGGAUGAAGGAAAAGAAAAGCAUCAAGAGACACCAGACUGCUGUUGCUGCUGCUGCUGCUUCUGCUUCUGCGACAACGGCUGACUCCUCACCACUCUACUUCUCCCCCCAAGGUUCACCAGAGUUCCCAGAGGGUGGUGUUGGCGGUGGAGGGGCAUCCCGGAGGUUGAGGACUGCGUACACCAACACCCAACUUCUGGAGCUGGAGAAGGAGUUUCAUUUUAACAAAUACCUAUGCAGACCGAGGCGAGUGGAAAUAGCCGCACUGCUGGAUUUAACGGAGAAACAGGUGAAAGUGUGGUUCCAGAACAGGAGGAUGAAGCACAAAAGGCAGACCCACUGCAAGGAGAACCGGGACAGUGAGGGGAAAUACGCGUGCCUGGACGACGGGCCCGAGGACGAGUUUGAGCAGGAGGCGGACAGCAGCGUAGCCGGGACGCUGCUGGAGAGGGAGAGGUAUUUCCACCAAAAUACCUUGACUUCACAACACUGUCACAACGGCCACAAUGGGGAGAGUCACAGCCCGACUGUUACGCCUUUGAACAGCAAUGAGAAAAAUCUGAAACAUUUCCCAAACCCGGCACCCACUGUUCCUAUCUGCGUGUCAACAAUAGGCCCGGACAAUGAUAAUUCCACGAGCCUGGACGUUUCUUUGCAGGAUUUCCACGUUUUCUCAUCCUCCUCCUCUUUCUCACCAAGUUUGUCAGAUUCAGCACAAAGUCCCCUGCCUUUAUCGUCCGAAACUUUUGACCUUUUCUCAGAGACACUCACAACCAUCGACCUGCAGAACUUGAGCUAUUGAGAUAUCUCAACAAUGUUUUAUUUGAAUUCAGAAACUGUUCAUUUUAUAUACUCAGUUGUAACGUCAGGGGGUGGGAAUUAAUAAUACAAAUAAGGUAAGUUAAAGCGAAAACAAAGAAAGCUACUAUUAAGCCUAUAUGGGCAGUUUAUUCCUGCGAGAGGACAUUUCACAGUUUAUUUUUAUAUGGAUUUCGACUAUAACUGAACAGAAUAUUUUUCUUGAAAUAAAACUUUACAUUGAUUGGAA